UCGAGACCCUCAGGACAGGAGUCAGUUGAUGGCCUUUGACAGAAGUAGGUAGCUGCAGAGCUGUGAGCCUUAUCGCCUCGAGUCCACUUGACAAAGUGCCCAAGUCAUCGUCCGAAGGUUAAAAAAAAGUGGACGCGACAGUUGGAAAACAGUGCAAUGAGCGGGAUUGGACACCUUUCUCUAAACAUCUCACCCGAGGAUAAGCCUCGGGAUGAGUCAUAUCCUCCAGAACAGGAUCGAUUCAAGGCCAAUAAUCAGUGGCCAGUUGCUCCCAGAGAGCUAACUUCUCCUGCAAUCGUGAGGUUGGCCGAUCGGAGAGCCCUUUUACAAGAAGGCAUCUACGACGUUCCCAAGUCUCUCCUGGAGGAGAAAGAACAGGAGAGUGACUACGAUAUUCCCAGGCCCUUAAAUAUCAUCCCUAAAGAAGAACCACAAGUGCGGCUCCGACGGAACAAGACCCCUCCUAAUCAGCUCAAUAUGGGUGGCCAUUUCGAGGAUUGGCCACUCUCUGAACCGACCACAUCGAUCGAUCGAGGCGAGUCGGAGUUGCAUUACCUGGUGGAAAACACAUUAUAUGCCAAACCUUCAGUGAAAGCGAGAAAAGCGACCCCUCCAGAAAAAACGGCGAAGAUCACAUCAGAUACUCCCACAAAGACAUUGUAUGCCAAUCUUUCGGUGAAGGCGAGGAAAGUGAUCCCUCCAGAAUUGCCGCCCAGGAACACGCCCAGCUCUCCGGAUCCACGGUGCUUAACACCCUUGGAAGCUAGUCAAGGUCAAACAUAUUUCAAUGCCUUGGAUGUCCAGGAGUCGAGAAUGAUCAACAUGGAGAGCAUUUCAUGUGCUCGCUGUGAGAACGGCUUUGAACCCCGCGCCAAGAUUGUGAACUCCAACGGAGAUUUGUUCCAUCCGCAAUGUUUUGUUUGUGCCCAGUGCUUCCGUUCAUUUCCGGAUGGUGUGUUUUACGAGUUUGAAGCCCGGAAAUACUGCGAGCAUUGCUUCCAUGUGCUCUACGCUCCGUGUUGUGGAAAAUGCGGCGAAUUCAUCAUUGGGCGUGUCAUCAAGGCCAUGGGAGCCACUUGGCAUCCUCAAUGCUUCACGUGCGAAAUGUGCUCGAAAGAGUUGGCGGAUCUUGGAUUCACCAAAAAUCAAGGACGUGCCUUAUGCCAUGAUUGCAACGCCAAGGUGAAAGCCCAAGGGGCUGGAAAGCACAUGUGCCAAAAGUGCCACUCGGUGAUUGAUGGUGACCCAUUGCGGUUCCGCGGUGAGGUAUAUCACCCGUACCAUUUCAAUUGCGCCGGAUGUAGUACGGAAUUGACUUCCACAGCGAGAGAAGUCCGAACCAGACCAGGCUACACUGCUAAUGAGUUGAAUGAACUCUACUGUUUGCGAUGCCAUGACAAAAUGGGAAUACCCAUUUGUGGUGCUUGCCGUCGACCCAUUGAGGAGCGUGUUGUGACCGCCUUAGGUAAGCAUUGGCAUGUGGAGCACUUUGUGUGUGCCAAAUGUGAAAAGCCUUUCUUGGGUAAUCGGCACUAUGAGCGCAAGGGUCUGGCUUACUGCGAGACCCAUUACCAUCAACUGUUUGGGAAUCUCUGCUACGUUUGCAACUUGGUCAUUCAGGGUGAUGUCUUCACGGCCUUGAACAAAGCUUGGUGCGUCAAUCACUUCGCUUGCUCGUCGUGCGACCAAAAGAUGACGGUGAAAACAAAGUUUUAUGAAGUGGAUCUGAAGCCUGUGUGCAAAAAGUGUUAUGACAAAUAUCCGCGGGAAUUGCGACUUCGCUUGAAGAAAUACCACGAGAACGAGGCAGCUCGAGAUCAAAUUAUCUCGCCGAAGUAAAUGUGAACGGCCGAAGAAAACACUCAAUGGUUUUCAAAGAAUUAAUCCAUGGCUCUCGCUGUAAUUGUCCUUUCACUCUUACUAAGCUCCCCCUACCCCCCCCCCGCCCCCGUUAGUGUGUUCAACUCAAUUCUUAAAACCAUGAGAAGACGGACACUCAUUGAAAAUAACUCGAUUUUAACCCCCUCCACUUGAAAAGAACAUAAGAAGAAGAAGAAGGAGAAACUGUGAAUGAACCUCUAAAAACACGUCCUGUGUGUGUAUUGUAUUGUACACAACAAUGGUGCUAAACACUUGUAUUCUAAUAACAAUUUAUUCCAUGAACAAAAGAAAAUGUACCUUUUUUUCGACAAUGUAUGAAUAUAUUUCUCAUAUGCAAUGCUUGAAAUAUAAAAAUAAUACUUCCUUAACCAUUCAAAA